AUGACAGCGAUGGGGAUAAUCCAGAAUCUUCAGGAGUGUCUGGGACACGUCCUUAACAAUAUGAGCCGCGUAGUGUUCACCGAAGCGAUCCGCACGAAGACAAUACAGAACAUGUCGACAGCGAUGCGACCUCCUCGGAAACACAGACUGGUAUUUAAUUUACUGUGUUACUUAUUUGUAUUUGACAUGAAAAUCCAAUAAAGCGAGGGUACAAUCUAAAAGAAUGCAACAGAAAUUUUGAGCUUCUGAGAGUGUUUUAUAUAAAACUAUCAAAGGUGCGAGUGUGGAACUUGUCUGUAAACCAGAGUAGCAUGAAACCAUGUCUGAUUGUCCACCUGGUUACCAUGUGAACCUUAAGAAAUUUUUUUGGAACAAAUUCCUUGGUACAUUUUUGGAGGGAGGUAAGUAUUUUCGUAGGACAACCAUCAUGUAGGGUUAAUUUGCGAUUUUUACGAUUGUCAUAUCAACUCUAGCUGAUUGAAUGCCGAAGCGAAAUCCUGCUCUAGCAACGUCUUAUUACAUAUGAAUGAUUUUCAUUUAUCUUUGUUCUUCGAAUUCAUACAAACUCCCUGUGUCACUCAAAAUAUACAUACCCUAAAAUUAUGAUACGUCGACUCAGGAAGCGAUACAAAUACAAGGCCUUGAUGGAAUAUUACUCUCGAUGAUCAGCCUUAGUCACAAUACAAAUUUCAUCUUCAUUUGGUUUCGUAACAGAAGCGUUUCUCCAAAUAUAGUUUCUCCAAAUAAAGUAUCAGUAUACUCCACCGUUUGUGACAUUAUGAACAGUUUAUUGAAAAUCUCCUCACCUCAGAAAUCCGAGCGUAAUGUAAUUUACAGAGGUAUGUCAUCGUGUUUGAAUUGAGGUAACUUUUAAAAUACUCUAAUUGAGGAGAUGCUAAGAGGCGCGGUGGCCUCAUGGUUUGUGCGCUCGACUCCGGAUCGAGUGGUCCGGGUUCGAGCCCUGGCCGGGGUCAUUGUAUUGUGUUCUUAGGCAAGACACUUUACUCUCACAGUGCUUCUCUUCACCCAGGUGUACAAAUGGGUACCAGCAAAUAUGCUGGGGGUAUCCCUGCGAUUGACUAGCAUCCCAUCCAGGGGGGAGUAGCAAUACUCCUAGCCGCUUCAUGCUAAGGAAACCGGAGUUAAACGCCGGCCCCAUGGGCCAUUAUAGCCUGUAUAAAGGCUCUGCUUACUUUGAGGAGCAGCAUCAUACUGGUUGCACUGUGAAUUAUCUAAUUUUACGGAAAAGCGCUGAAUCAGCAAUGGUGUCCACAAUUGCAAUCACUUGUGGUUAUUUCACUAUUAUCGUUAUUUUGUAGCAAAUUUAUUUUCACUCGAUCUUACGACUGAAAAAGCCACAGACGCUCUUUAA